CCAGUAUGCACUUGAAAUUGAGGAGGUUAUUCAUUUGUUGUCAAUAUUUGUGUAUUAUCAGUUAUUAUUUAGUUCAUUAAAUUUCUAUGCUAUUUCAAUGAAGUGAAAGUUUUGUGUUUUGUUAUGAAGGAUUUGAAACAUUAUUUCGUUUCUCCAAAGGGGGAUAUUAAAGAUGCAGAAUCUGACAUAAUCACCAACAAUUCAUCUUCUUGCCGAGAAGCUGUUACACGAAAAUUAAAUUCUAUAAAAGACAAAGCUAGUAACGGAAUAGUAUCUGGUCAUUCGAAAAAGAAGAAACGUAAAAGACUUGAAAGUGGAGAUUUUGAUGAUGAGAAGUCAGCAGAUAUUGAGAACGUUUCCUCUACUAUCAUAGAAAAUAAAGUUAGCCCACAUCUUGAAAAAAAGAAGAAAACUAAUGUUUUGAAAAGAAGUAAUAAGAAGAAUUUACCUGAGGUGUUGACAGAUUCUGUGGUAGAUGUAAGUAGUAGCACUCCUGAGCUUCCUAAGAAAAAGAAAUUAGCUGAGUCUGAUAUAAUCAAGAAAAGCAAAACUCGAAGGAAAUCUGAUAGAAACCUAAAAACUGAAGAUAAUACUAGCCUUUUAGAUGAUUCUUUGAAAGAGGAAAAACUUAAUAAAGUGAAUUCAAGAAAUGAGAAAAAGGUUUCUCUUAAAUCAGAAAAGGGUAAAAGAGAUAGUAAUUCUAGUAAAGAAAAUAGCAUUUGUAAUUCAGAAAGUGAAGAUAAAGACUUGGCUACUCCUGACAAUAAUAAAAGUUUGUUAAAUUAUUUCUGUAAAGUAGAUAAAUUACCAGAAAUAGAAGAAAGACCUCGCAUUAUUAAAGUAGAAGCAAUGGUUCAUGUACCGUCUGAUGGUGGUUCAACGAAGUUUACUCCAAAAUCUCUUAGAAAGAGAAAGGGUGGCAAAAAAAAAGAUUUAAAAAUUGAUUAUGAUUUAAUUACAUUAGAAGGAACAGAGUCGAUGGAAGUAACUGAAUCGGGUGAAGUUUUACAGAAGUUCAGUCACGUUGAAGAUAUAUCUGACAUGUCUCAAAAAAGCAGUACUGUGGAAUGUAUAGGCAUUACCGAACCAACUAAAGAAGAAGUUUUGGAGGUGAAAAUUUCAUCUGAUGAACAAGAUGAUAUUGUAAAGGAAAGAAAAAAAAGAAAAUUAGAAACAGACCAAGAAGAAAAACUUUCUAAAAAGAAACCUGCUAUUGCAGAAAGUGAUGUUAUUUUUGUUAAAAAAUUCCAGAAAGAAAAGCCGACAGUGAAAAGUGAUGAAACAGACCAAGAAGAAAAACAUCCUAAAAAGAAACCUGCUGUUGCAGAAAGUGAUGUUAUUUUUGUUAAAGAAUUCCAGAAAGAAAUGCCGAAAGUGAAAAGUGAUGAAACAGACCAAGAAGAAAAAGUUUCUAAAAAGAAACUUGCUAUUACAGAAAGUAAUGUUAUUUUUGUUAAAGAAUUCCAAAAAGAAAAGCCGAAAGUGAAAAGUGAUGGAACAUUAGCAUCAUUUUUCCUACUUGGAAAAAAACCUUCAUCAUUGACUUCUGAACAAAAAACUGCUAAAAAGCAAUUCCUGAGUAGUGGAACCCCAGACCCUAUUAAACGAAUAACUGCUACCCUAUCCAAUGCUCAAGGAAAAGAAGCUCCUUUUCCAGAUAAAUCACAUGUUCUUCAGAAAGAUAGAAUGAAUAUUAUGUGGAAUCUCUUUCCAAUCAAACAUAAUUAUUGUAAAGAUAAAGAAGCUUUCGGUAAUCCUGAAUGGUCUUCAAUACUACCAAGUCAAUUAAAAUUUACAAAGAAAGUAGCCUGCGAAGUGCAGUCAUCUAACCCAACCAGUUUUAAAGACCUGAAAAAAGAAUUGAACCUGUAUCCAAUUAAUUGUUGGUAUAAAGAACUGAAAAGACUGAGGAAAGGUAAAGAAAAUAGCAUGUGGACAGAGAGGUACAGACCGCACUUGUCAUCAACAUUUUUAGCUAAUACACGAAAUAUAUGCAAACUUAAAGGGUGGUUGAGUGAGCUUAAACAAAAUUCGCGUGCAGAUUCUUGUGAAAGCAGCAGUGACGAGUUUGUAAAAGAUAAUGAUAAAGACAGCAUUGAUAGAAAAACAGUUACCCUUCUCUCGGGACUACCAGGGACUGGAAAAACUGCUGCUGUCUAUGCUAUUGCCAAGGAAAUUGGUUAUCAUGUUUUAGAAAUUAAUGCUUCUUAUUAUCGAUCUGGGAAAAGAAUAUUCAAUGAAUUUUCUGAAGCAAUGCAGUCCCAUAAGGUUGGAGUUUCAAAACUGAAUUUUUCUAAGGUGAAAAAGAAAUCUGAAGAUCCUAAAAGAAGUCUCAUACUAGUUGAAGAUGCUGACUUAUUGUUUGAAGAUGAUGAGGGGUUUGUUUCUACUUUAAUUAAUUUGGCUGCUGGGACAAAAAGACCUAUUAUAUUGAUUGUGAAUAACACUCAAGUGAAGCAUCUAAACAAAUUGUUAAAUCUCUGCCACGCUUCUCUUCAAUUCACACCACCUUCCCAAGAUAGGCUGGGAAGCUGGUUACGAACUGUCUCUGUUGUGGAAGGCUUUAAUAUUUGCCCGAUUAAAGCAGCUGAAUUAGCCUCUAUGCAAGAUAUCAGAAAAUCAUUGCUACAGCUUCAGUUUUCUCAAGAAAAGAUUUCAAGUAGAAAAAGUGACCUUGAAGAAUCCAUUUGGGAGAAAAUUGGAGAAUAUAACCUCCAUCAGGCAAAAGAAAGAAAAAAGAUCAAAAGACACAUUUCAUCUUUAGCAACAUUAGAUAUUAUCAGACAAAACAAGAAAAAUAAAGGUAUUGAUAAGCCUUAUUGGCAGAGCUAUCCUGUUGACAGUACAUUAACUCGUGAGUGUGAAGAAUCUCCUGAAGGUAGUUAUCUUGACGACUACGAAUCAUAUUUUCUAAAAUUAAUGAAUGUAAAACCUGAAUCAAGGAAAUUUCAACCUCCAGAAUGCCCAAGAAUUUUGAAUGAGAUUGAAAAGACAGCUUUUAGUAUGACAAACAUUCUAAGUCGCCGUAAUAAUGCACUAGAUUAUUGGCCAUCUUUUCGCCAGAUUUCAAGAAAUGAAGCCCACAGAUUAGCAUCUCAUACAAAAAGAAACAAUAGGUACUUCAAUUAUCUUUCUUCUGUUGGAAUAUCGGGGCCUCCGGAUUUUAUUCAAACUCUACCAACAACUUUUGGAUCUACACCAUAACAACAUUGACUGUAGCUUAUUUGCUAAACAAAUAAUUUAAUUAUAAUUGUUAAAAUUUGUUAUAAUAUUAAUUUUUAUUAAAUUAAUGCCAUAUUUAUUAUAACAGAAAUAAUGAAUUUAAAUUCCUUACAUGUCAAUUACUGCCUAAGGCAAUAAUAAAAACUUGUUUCACAAAUCACUAAAAUAAAAUUAUGUUAAUUAUUUUGUUAAUUUAUAUUGUAUUUAUUUAAAAAAAAAUGUAUAUACUGUAUAAUAAAAUAUCAAUAAGUAAUGUAAAGUAUCAUUGUUGCUAUGAAUAAAGUAUUUUAUUUUAUGCUUUGUUUUUUAUAAUCAUUGUUUCAACGAUUAGUAAGUAAUACUGUAAAUUAUUCUAUGAAAUUUCUCAAACAGUUGAAUUACAUGUGAUCCCUUUGAUUACAUUUAGGUUGACCAUAAAUAUCAAAAUGAUUAUUAAGGCCGUUUUACUUGGUCAAGUUUCUCGACUAAAGCUCCGUUCUUAAAAUUGUAGUUAAGUAAUAACAAGUUUCAUCCCUCCCAUAAUUGGUAAUCCGAGGCCUCGGCUGACUACUUAGAGAAAUACAACUAUGUUGAGUUACAAAACAACACAGCAUUCUCAUCAAUCAAUAGAUAAUACUGUAAAAAAAAUAUAAGAGAGUUAGGUCGGACCAUUGGAAUACAUAUCAGAUAUGCCAAGAACGGUUUAUAGAAUCAAAUAAGUGAAGACCUAGAUCAAUAUAUGUGGUGAUGCAGGAUUCCCAACUCUAAAUAGUAAUUGGUGAGCUAGUUCUUGAAAAGUAAAAAAAAACUUUUUUUUUUAAAUAACUAGUUUAACAAUUUACUCUAUAUUUAUUAAUGCCUAUAAACAUUAAAAAUGUAACAUACACCAUUUUAAUGGAUUAAAUCUGAAAAAUAAAGACUAUAGAAAAGUUAAAGAAGGAGAAACCAUAUUAUGUCAAGCUAAUAACAAUUUAAGAUAGGUCUCUGACAUUUCAUGACGAGUUAGGAUAUUAAGCCAAUUUUAUUGUAUUAAUAAUUAAGUAGGUUCAUUGCACUAUAAAAUAUUAAUCAUAAUACUUCACUAUUGCAUGCUAUUUAUAAACAGAUUUGCUAUUUGUGCAAAUUUGUACUAUGUUUGUUAUUGAAACAAUGUGAACAUUUCAGGUUUUAUUUGUAUCUUGAAGGGUUUUUAACAAUAAAUUGUCUCUCAAAAAAAUAUCAAAUUUUAUAUAAAGCACUUUAUUGUCUCUGUUAGAUUUGCUUGAAUCUGAUGCUCAAAUCAAUAUGGUAAAUCCUACUUAUAGUAAAUGAUAAAAUAAUUUCUAUACAAAGGUAUGUGGUUAUGUACAUUUUUAUUACAUAGAUUUGUACAACUCUGUUAGGUCUAGUGAUAAUAUUAUUUCUACAGUAAUUCUGAAAAUUUUCAUAAUAUAAAUAUAAAUUAAAAUUUAUAGUAAACUACACUACAAUAUUGCUCAUGAGUAUUAUAUCUAUAACUGUAUGCUGUAUUCUCUAGAAAAACACUUCAUAGCUACUUCCACAAUAGUGAGUUUCAAAAUAAGAAAAUUGUGAGGCAAAAUGGUACUUCUUUUGUUUCUCCCUCCAUUAUUGUAAACAAUGAAUUAAAUAUAAAACUUUAUUUUCAGUUAUUGCUACCAUGAUUUACAAUAGUUUACUAUUAAAGCGUAUUACAUAAUGACACCAUUGUAAUGAAAAUGACAAUCAGCUUUUUUUUUUUUGUUUUGUUGUUUAUAUAAUAUGAACACGUCAUUCUUUUAUAUAUAAUGUCUACUUAAAAAUAAACAUAAAUUAUUUACAAGCAAUCUAAACAUACUAACAAUCACAGACUUGAUGGAUACAACUAAAAUACAAAACUUUUGUAGGGCUGGUUACGAUUCUGUUUGUCUUUUUCCUAUCGAUGCUAAAAGAGCUUCGGGAGAGGGAUCUCUCCCUUGGAACCUCCGGAAAACUUCACUAGGAUGACAAGCUCCUCCAAAACUCAAAAAUGUAUCACGGAACCUAUUCAAGAAGUAAACAAAUUUUAAAUUGAAAAGGUUCCACAAUAAAUUUUAAUUAAUCAAGAAUAAAACAAAUAAUAAACUACCUCAAGCCAACAGUUUUCUUGUCUUUUUCCGCUUGAAAAGAUGUGUACACAUCUUGAGCAAGCAUUUUUGCCCAGAUAUGAGAAAAAUAUGCGGCACCGAAUACUCCAGCAAAUGAUUGAACCAUGCUGCAUGGGUGCAGGUCACUUGGAUCCAGAUCAAAAAUGAAGUGCUCUGGCCAUAAUCUCUUCACAAUUUUGUUCCAAAAUUCAGUCC